CGCCUCCAUCAUCGCCGAGCCUGCGUCGCGGCGUCCUGUCCACUCGGCCGCACCUCGCUCCUACCACAGCACGCAGCCAUGGCGCCCUUUCCCUCGCGCUCGCCGUCGCCCGACACACUCGGCGCGCUGCCGGACCUGGACGAGCUCGCGCCGGCCAAGCCGCAGGGUGGCAGUGCGUGGCCCUGGCCGCCGGCGCUGGCCAACGGCGACGCGGCGCACGGCGUCAAUGGCAGCAGCGGUAGCAAUGGCCAUUCGCCUGCCACAGCACUGCCGCCCUUCCGCGCCGGCUGCCCGCCGCUCAUUGCCGGCGGCGGCGUGUUUGGCGCCGGCAAGUACGCCGCCGACAGCUGGAUCUUCGGGCGCGAGCCGUUCGACGUGAUCCGCCUCGCCUUUGCCUACGGCAUCCGCUGCCUCGACACUUCGGCCUACUACUACCCGUCCGAGGUGAUCCUGGGGCGUAUCCUGCGCGUGCUGGCGCCCGAGUUCCCGCGCGCCAGCUACUACCUCAGCUCCAAGUGCGGGCGUUUCGGGCCCGAGCCCGCCGACUUCGACUACCGCCCGCAGCGCAUCCGCGAGUGCGUCGCCACGAGCCUGCGCCGCCUCGGCACCGACUACCUCGACGUGGUGCUGCUGCACGACGUCGAGUUCGUCGUCGAUCCCGUGGGCGCCUCGAAUGACGCCGGCUUUGGAGCGCGCGAUGCGCUCUCCUCGGACGCGGUGCGCGCCAGCCUCGGCCUGGCGCCGUCGGACUGGGGCGUGUCGCACGGCAAGGGCGACGACGCGUGCAUUGCGGCACUCGCCGAGCUUUUCGCGCUCAAGGAUGCGGGCGUGGUGCGCAACGUCGGCAUCUCGGGCUACCCGCUGCCCGUGCUGCUGCGCAUCUCGCGCCUCGCCUUUGCGCGCCUCGGGCGCCCGCUCGACGCGCUGCUCUCCUACUCCAACCACGUGCUGCACUGCGACCUGCUGCCGGCGUACGUGCCGCUCUUCGCUGCGCCGCCGCCGGCCGAGCUGGCGCUCAAGGGCGAGUGGACGGCGCCGUUUGUCAUGAACGGCGGGCCCUUCUCCAUGGGCCUGCUCACGUCGGCCAGGCCGGCGUGGCACCCGGCGUCUCCGGCACUGCAGAGUGCGUGCAACGAGGCGAGCACGGCACUCGAGGCGCGCGGCAAGGCGAUGGCCGCCACGGCGCUGCGCUACGGCAUCAAGACGCCGCCGGCCGGCGAGCGCAUGCCGACGAUGGUCGGCAUGGCGAGCGUGCAGCACGUCCACGCCGCCGUGCAGGCGUGGCGCUCGCUGCAGGAGCGCCACGACGAGCUGGAGCGGGACGAGCAGGCGGUGCUGCAAGUCAUGCGCGAGCGCCAAGUGAUGGACCUGUGCUGGAGCAGUCCGUAGAUGGGCCUCUGCCCGCCUUCUCCUCCGUGUUGCUAUUCGCACCUGUAUUUCCCGCACCGGCGACACCUUCGCAAAUCUAGACCUCUGGGCGCAC